CCUUACUUCAUCUUUUGCCUCAAAUUUUUCAUGGGCGUUGCUCAAAAUUAAAUUUUUAUUCAAUUUAAUUUCUAUUCAGUUUACAAAAUUUUACACCGGAGAUGAAAGGAUGAUUGAGUGGUUAGAAAAGAAGGAAAGGGAAGAAAAGUCGCGCGUGAAUCCUCUUGCUAAUAAAAAACUAACCGUUAACAUUUCUCCAUAAAUAAAUAAAAAAACAAAAUUUACACCGUUAAUUACAGUUGUUGUGAUAUAACUUGUAAGAUAGUCAUGGCAAAUGUUUAACUAUUCGUUUGAUCUCUGAACUUCCACCAUUUAUUUUUUACUUUUUGGUCUCUAUACCUACAACACGGUAUAGUUUCUUACGCAUGCACUUUUAAUUUUUGUUUUUGAUUUGGUUUGGUUUCUGCCGUCAACUGUGUCUUAACUACAUUAACUAACAACGCCAUAAAUAGGAAUUGGAGGGUGUAAAAUGGUCAAUUUUUUUUAUUAACAACUGUAAGAAAAUUUCUGGUAGUUUUACGUGACGAAAUUAAGACACGAUUGACAGCAAAGAUCAAAAGAAAAUUAAAAGUGUAUGAAUAAGGACUAAAGCAUGUAAUUUUUAGGUGUAAAGACCAAACCUUAAAAAUGAUAUAGGUAUAGCUAUAAUUAAACCUGUUACAAAAGUCAACAAAUUUCAUACUUGUCUUUAUGUGAUUGGAUUGAAUUUAAGAUAAUUAUUCCAAAAGUGAUUAACCUUACAAUACAUGCUUGUUUACUAGUGAAUACACUAUUUACUUAUUUUCAUUUACCUAUAUACUCUUUUACUUUUCUUUUCAUUUUCUGCUCAGUUGGGUGGGUAUUUCUUUUUGGCGUUGGGAUUAAUUUAUUAAUUGGGUUUGGUAUGAUUCCUAAUAUAAGCAUGAUUGCUUUAUUUUCUUGAGUGGGUGCAACGAGGUUUUCUCGUGUAACUUACUGUUUGUCUUGUUGGUUCCUAACAUUGUUUUUUGUGAAAAUUGAUUACGAUAUUUUUGGCUCGACGUUGUGAUGAGUUGUGCUUUAGAUUGUUUUAUGGUUAAAAAAUAUUGAUGCUGCGGUUAGUCGGUUACCGUUGCGUGAAGGCAAGGGUGAAGCCUGGCCCAAGGGAGAAUCUCCUACGAUGCUUUAUAAAGCGCAACCGUUCCAGCCAAACAUACUAUUUGUAUCUCAGUUUAACCAAUACACUAGCUGAAGAUGGGAAGUUCCUUCUUGCUGCACGCAAAUGCAGACGUCCAACCUGCACAGAUUAUAUCAUCUCUCUUGAUGCAGAUGAUAUGUCAAAGGGAAGCAACUCCUAUGUUGGGAAACUAAGAUCAAAUUUUCUUGGAACAAAGUUCACAAUCUAUGAUGGCCAGCCACCUCAUGCAGGAGCAAAGAUUAUGAAAAGUCGCUCCACAAGGCUGGUGAAUCUAAAGCAAGUUUCACCCAAGGUCCCUACAGGAAACUAUCCAGUGGCCCAUAUUUCAUAUGAAUUGAAUGUGCUUGGCUCAAGGGGGCCUAGGAGAAUGCAUUGUGUCAUGGAUUCCAUUCCUGCCGCUGCAAUUGAACCUGGAGGUGUAGCUCCUGUACAGACUGAGUUUUCUCUUAACAACAUAGACAUGUUUCCUUCAUUCCCCUUUUUUCGAUCAAAAUCAAAUCGUGUGGAAAAUUCCGUGUCUGGACCAUUGGUUGAUCAAAAGGAUGGGAUGCUAGUGUUGAAAAACAAGGCCCCUAGGUGGCAUGAGCAGCUGCAAUGUUGGUGCCUGAACUUUCAUGGACGGGUGACAAUUGCCUCAGUUAAAAACUUUCAGCUGGUGGCUUCUGCAGAAAACAGACCUGCUGGACCAGAACAUGAUAAGAUCAUCCUCCAAUUUGGAAAAGUUGGGAAGGAUUUGUUUACAAUGGAUUACCGGUUCCCUAUCUCAGCAUUUCAGGCAUUUGCAAUCUGCCUCAGCAGUUUUGAUACCAAGAUUGCUUGUGAAUGACAUGUUUAAACAGUUUCAAUCCAGAUUAUAUAGGUAUGUCUCUUGCUGCCGGGAGAAGUAUGGUUUGAAGGUCACUUGUUGGGAAGCAGACAGAUGAAAAAUGUUUGUCAGGGUAAAGAUUGGUUGGAUGGGUGUUGAACUAAAAUCAAAAGGAGCAUUCAGUUUCUGGGAUCACAAUUCACCAGCUCUUGGGAAUGUUACUUGGAACUUCUCCACCAUCACCCCACAAAGCAAAGCACAAAAACGGGAAAAAUACAUUUAUUCAGACCCCCUUGUACAUAAAUUCUCCAUUUUUUUUCUUUCAACAAUUUGGUUGUUUAUUGUAAUAUAGAAAUGGUUGUUUAAAACAUGUCCCCGCUAGACAUGUUUUGUUAAUGAGACUACUAGCUUUCAACUUAUCCUUUCAUGAGAACAUGUGUUGGGGGGACUACUUGCAAGAGCACAAGCAACUUGCUAUGUGCAACUCCUUUCGUUACGUAAUCCACUCUUGACGUGGUUUUUUUCCAAAACAGUAACACACUGUUCUAAUAGUGCAUGUCACGAGGGAUAAUUGCCACUGUCUGUAUUCUCUUGACUGAGGAAUAAACCUUCCUUGGCUUUGUAUAA